AUGCCGUUGACGGUCCGUCGUCGGCACAGUCCUCCCAACCUUCGCAGCCCCUGCGUGCUGCGUCGGUCGUGGACCCAGUUGACUUCGGGGGGGAACAUUUCCCGUUCCCCCUCGUCGGUCAGCGUACAAGGGUCCAGCCUGUCUAAGGGUAAACGCCCGGGUACAAGCAAGAAAACUAAAAAUCCUGCUACCCGGGCCGUUACCAAGAAGAAUAAGGCAGGCAAAGGAAACCCCGUUCCGGGGUCUUCCACGCCUGCCGCUAUGCCACCCACUGGCCUACUGCGGAAGGAGGGGGUCCCCCCUCCACGUGUCUCAGUGCGCCAUUCCCCAUCCAGCCCCACCGAAUCUCCCUCGGUGGCCAUGGUGGGGGACGGGGUUGAGUUUGCCGACCGUAACCCGGCCGCUCAUGCCAUUGGGCUGGGCGCGCUGGCGGUCGGUCGGCAGAUUGCUCAUGCCGAGCCGGCGAACUGGGGUUCCCCUGGUAUCCUGCGCUCGGUGGGUCCAUCCUCAUCCUCGGGUUUUACCCGUUGUUCUGGGAUCGCCAUGACGCAACCCGUGUCCGAAGGGACAUCGGAGGUUACCCCAGCCCUCUCUUCCCGUCGAGGAAAAAAGGCCAAAAAGGGGAAUAGAUCACGGCGCUCUUCGAGCUCCAGUGAUUCCUCCCGGGAAUCCCGCAGGGGCAAACGUCACCGCGGUGACUCGCUUUCACGGGCCGACUUCAUGGAGGCUUUUCAAGCGUUGACCGCCACCCUGGCGGGCAGAGAAGAAUGUUUGAGGAACAGUACCUCCCCUAAUCAUCUUAUAGUUCAUCCCAGGGGAGCGUCCGCUUUGUUCUUCCGCAAGAACAAUAAUCACGGGGACGUUGGGCGGUCCGUAGAGUGA